AAAUAUCAAGAUUUCUGACGAGAGCCCGAUAUUAUAGUACGCUCCGUUAGAAAGAAACCCUAGAAAGAACGUCCCUAAACCCUCGUUCCCCCCAGAGAGAGCGAGAGAGAGAGCGAGAGAGAGAGAGAGCUUGGAACGAGGGAGGGGGAUGGGGCGAUCGCGGCGCAAGUACAAGAAAUCGCGUACGAAGGUGCGGGUGGGCCUGCCGAAGAAGAAGCCCGGCGUCUUCAAGCCCGCCGUCGCCAUCCCGCCCUCCCUCGCCGCCGCCGGAAGAGGAGGCGACGCGGCGACGGCCGUGGAGUGGGACGCGAAGGGCAGCGUCAUCAGCAACUACCGCUCCUUCGGCGUCGUCGCCAACCCCAACCUCCUCGGCGUCCGCGCCCGCACCCCCCACAUCGUCCAGAGCUCCCCUCUCCAGGUGCCCCAGCGCCGCGCGGACGAUCCCCCCGCCCGCGCCUCCGAGUUCGAUCCCAUUGACACCGGAAGCGACCUCGAAAACGACGAUCUCAAAUCUGCUCUUGGAAAGAAGAGGAGGGAUGGUAAAUUGGCGCCGUUGCCACCUCUGACCACUCUGCAACGACUUUAUAUCGGCAGAUUAAUAGAGAAGUACGGCGAUGACCACCAGGCAAUGUUCAUGGACACAAAGCUGAAUGAGAUGCAACACUCGGUUGGUACGCUGAAGAAGCUUUGUCAAAGGUACCAUGUGCGAGGAAAGCACUACAUUGCUUCGUAGUGGAACUGAGUUAAUGGAUUGUUAUUUUACCCCUUUUUGAAUAGCCUUUAUGAUUAUAGUGUAACUUGCUUGCCACGGUAGGAAUUGGAUAGGGAUAAAAAGAAAAUUUUUCCGAUGUUUAGUUCUUAUUGCGGUCCUUAAAUGUACUAUUAACUCUCUAUCACAUUAUGAAAGUGAAUCAAAUUUAUGUUAUUUGACCGGGAGAUAAUGCACAUCAGUAGAGGUUUUGACUUGUGUGAGGAUGUACUUAUGUUGCAUUUGUCGCCUUAGUCGUAUUCUCUCUGGAUAAAUGUAACUUCCAAUAAAGUGUCACCAUAGUUAGUAUUUCA